AUGGCGGCGCCUGGGGCGGUGGUGGCAGUUCCGCUGCUGCUGCUUAGGGCGGCGGCGGCGGCCGCGGCCUUGGGCUGCGGGUACAAGGUUGGGCCCGGCAUGAACGGGGGGUACCGGGAACGGGGGCCGGGAGAGACUGAAGGGAACUGGGGGAGCCGGAAGAGAGCGGGUGGGAGAAGCAGUUGGUUCCUCUGCAACGGCUUCCUCCGGAAACACUGGGGGGGGGCGGGGGGGGGGAAGGAUCCGACACUGCGUGGGCACAGCCCCGUAUUGAGUCCCUUGAGAAUCCGCCUGUGCCCGCAGUCCUGUCCCCCGACACGCCCCGACCUCCUCAACGUGCACCUCGUGCCCCACACGCACGACGACGUGGGCUGGCUCAAGACGGUGGAGCAGUAUUUCUAUGGAGUGCGAAACGAUGUGCAGCAUGCGGGCGUUCAAUACAUCCUGGACUCGGUUGUGGCUCAGUUGGUGGCCGAGCCCACCCGGCGCUUCACCUACGCUGAAGUGGCUUUUCUGGCUCGCUGGUGGCGGCUGCAGGACCAGGCCACCCAGAACACCGUGCGCCAGCUCGUGGAGCAGGGGCGGCUGGAGCUGGUGGGGGGUGGCUGGAGCAUGGCAGACGAGGCGGUCACACACUACAGCGCGGGACUGGAGCAGCUGGGGCUGGGCCGGGGCUUCCUGCGCCGGGAGCUGGGGCCCUGCGCCGCCCCCCGCCAGGCCUGGCAGAUCGACCCCUUCGGCCACUCGCGGCAGAGCGCAGCCACCUUCGCGCAGAUGGGCUAUGAUGGGCUCUUCCUGGGCCGCGUGGAUCACCAGGACAAGGCGCAGCGGGAGCAACGCCGGGAGCUGGAGCUGCUCUGGAGGACGACUGGGAGCCUCCAGAGCCCCGGCUCCGACCUCUUCACUGGCAUCCUCCCCAACCUCUACAACCCCCCCACGGGCUUCUGCUGGGACCAGCUCUGCUCUGACCCCCCCGUGGUGGAUGGGGACAGCGAGGAGAACAACGUGGCCUCCAUCGUCUCCACCUUCCUGGACAUCGCCACCAAGCAGGCCAAGCAUUAUCGAACCAACCACAUCAUCAUGACAAUGGGCUCCGAUUUCCACUAUGAGAAUGCCAACCUCUGGUUCAAAAACAUGGACAAGCUCAUUGCCCACGUCAAUGCUCAGCAAGCCAAUGGCAGCCGUGUCCACGUCCUCUAUUCCACCCCAUCCUGCUACCUGUGGGAGCUGCACCAGGCCAACCUCUCCUGGUCCCUGAAGAUGGAUGAUUUCUUCCCGUACUCGGAUGGGCCCCACCAGUUCUGGACAGGGUAUUUCACCAGCCGCCCAGCCCUGAAGCGCUACGAGCGCCUCAGCAACAACUUCCUGCAGAUCUGCAGUCAGCUGGAGGCACUGGCAGGACCAGCAGCGCGGGAUGGUCCCUAUGGGCCUGGGGACAGCUCCCUGCUCCGUGAAGCCGUGGCCGUGGCCCAGCACCACGAUGCCGUGACCGGCACCGAGAAGCAGCACGUGGCCAAUGACUACGCCAAGCAGUUGGCAAUGGGGUGGGAGAGGUGCCAGCUCCUGGUCUCCAAUGCCCUGGCCAGCCUCAGCGGCACCAAGGAAACCUUCACUUUUUGCAACAGCCUCAAUAUCAGCGUCUGCCCCUUGUCCGAGGCCUCGAGCCAGUUCCUCGUCCUCCUCUACAACCCGCUGGGGCGCCGCGUGUCCUGGCCCCUCCGCCUGCCGGUCCAUGGAGCGUCCUACACGGUCACAGACCCCCGUGGCCAGCCCGUGCCAAGCGAGGUUGUCCCCGUGUCCAUCGCCACCCGUGGGCUGCGUGGGAAUGAUGCUGGGGCCAUGCAGGAGCUGCUCUUUCAAGCCUCGGUGCCUGCUCUGGGCUUCAGUACCUUCACGGUGACACGGUCGCCCCAUGGGGACCCCCGUGUCCCCCCUGUCCAGCCCCCGGUGCAGCCACAGCCGUGGGACAUCCACAACGAGCAUCUCCGAGUGCUGUUUGACCCCCGCACUGGGCACAUGAAGGAGAUCCAGAACCUGGCCAAGAACAUCUCGCUGCCCGUCUUCCAGAGCUUCUACUGGUACAACGCCAGCGUUGGCAAUGACGACAGCUCCCAGGCUUCCGGAGCCUACAUCUUCCGUCCCAACAGCUCCGAGCCCAUCCCCGUCUCUGGCUCCAAGCAGAUCUCCACAUCCCUCGUGAAGAACGCGCUUGUGCAGGAGCUUCACCAGAACUUCUCCUCGUGGUGCUCCCAAGUGGUGCGGCUCCAUGCGGGGCAGCCCUAUGUGGAGCUGGAGUGGACCGUGGGGCCCAUCCCCGUGGAGGAUGGCUGGGGCAAGGAGAUCAUCAGCCGCUUCCAGACGCCGCUGCAGACCCAGGCCCUGUUCUACACUGACUCCAAUGGGCGGCAGAUCCUGGAGCGCAGGCGCGACCAUCGCCCCACGUGGGACCUGAACCAGACGGAGCCUGUGGCAGGGAAUUACUACCCUGUCACCAGCCGCAUCUUCAUCAAGGACAAGAAGGUCCAGCUGACGGCGCUCACGGAUCGCUCCCAGGGCGGCAGCAGCAUCUCCGAUGGCUCCUUGGAGCUGAUGGUCCAUCGGCGGCUCCUGUACGAUGACAACCGCGGGGUGGGGGAGCCGCUGCUGGAGCAGGACCCGGCCCAGCGGGGUCUGGUGGUGCGGGGCCGCCACCUCCUGCUGCUGGACACGGUGCAGGCAGCGGCCGACGGGCACCGCCUGCGGGCGCAGGAGCUCUUCAUGGCCCCGUACCCGGUGCUGGCGCCCGGGGGGGGCCCAUCCUACUGGCCCAAGCAGCGAGUGCUGCGGGAGUUCUCAGCGCUGCGCCGGGAGCUGCCUCCCAGCAUCCACCUCCUGACGCUGGCCCCCGGGGACGCUGGGACCCUGCUGCUGCGGCUGGAGCACCAGUUUGAGAGCGGGGAGAGCAGGAACAGCUCCCAGCCCGUCACCAUCGACCUGCUGGACCUGUUCUCGGCAUUCACCAUCACCUCCGUGCAGGAGAUGAGCCUAGGGGGGGACCAGCCCCUCGAUGCCAUCUCCCGCCUGGUCUGGACCCCGGCCACAGGUCCAGCCCAGUCCCAACCAGUGGCCAAACUGGACCCCCGGCAGGUGACGCUGCAGCCUAUGGACAUCAGAACGUUCCUGGUGCACUACGAGGGGCCUGGAGCAGCUCUGGGGGGGCUCUGAGCAUCCCGGAGCCGG